AUGUGGAAGUUUCCCAUUUUGUUAGCUAUCUGCCUCGUCACGGCUGAGGCAAUUCCAAAACAUGGAAGGAUAGUAGGCGGUUCGACAGCUAACAUCAGCCAGUUUCCAUUUGCCGCUGUUAUGUUGAUUUCAUGGAAUAACGAGGCUUUCCGACAAGACUGCGCCGGUACAAUCCUAAACAACAGAUCCGUUCUUUCUGCUGCCCACUGUUGGGUUGGUAAGUACCCCUCCGGCUAUCGUGUUCGAGUUGGAUCCACUAAUGCGAAUAGCGGCGGUGCUGUCCACAACGUGCUUCAGCACAUCACCCACCCGGACUAUUAUCUGGACAUGUGGAAUAUACGGAGCGAUAUUGGCAUAGCUCGACUGGCGACCGCUAUUGUCUUUGGAGGCAAUGUAAGAGCUGGCCCAAUCGCUGGAGCCAACUUCAACGUCGCUGAUAACGCCAACGUCUGGGCAAUGGGAUGGGGUCUACUUGCUUCCGGUGGAAGUCUAUCUGAGCCACUGCAACAUGUUCAACUUCGAAUAACCAAUCACGCCGCUUGCCAGCGAGCCCAUAAUGCACAGAAUGUAAACGCCAGGACUAUCUGUGCUGGUUGGCAUGAAAAUGGUCGUGGUGGCUGCACUGGAGACUCCGGUGGACCUCUCGUCCACAACGGUGUAGUUAUAGGCGUGUUUUCAUUCAUCGGUCCCGUUUGUGGAGAUAUACGUUGGCCAAAUGUAUACGCUAGAGUUUCUAGCUAUGUUCAUUGGAUUCAAAACAAUGCUUAA